GUUUUCAUUCAACCAAAAUUCUCCAUCACAUUUCUACAGUUGUAAGAACAAGGCCGUUACAUUCCAGUCAACAUUUUUGAGGCAUAGAUCUCAUUCAGAGCUAGAAAUUGCUUAAAAUUAUACAAGAACAUUUUCAAAGAUCCUCGUACAAGUCAUGGACGUUCCAACCAAACAGGACGAAGGGAAGCCCAAGGGAGAGCCCGAGGGGAAGUCCAAGGAGAAGCCCGAGGGGAUUCCCAAGGUAAUGCCCGAAGGGAAGCCCGAAGUGAAGCCCGAGGAAAAGCUCUUGGGAAAGCCCGAGGCGAAGCCCGAAGUGAAGCUCGAAGUGAAGCCCGAUGUGAAGCCCAUGGAGAAUCCCAAGGUAAAGCCCGAGGGGAGUCCCAAGGUAAAGCCCGAGGGGAAUCCCAAGGUAAUGCCCGAAGGGAAGCCCGAAGUGAAGCCCGAGGAAAAGCUCUUGGGAAAGCCCGAGGCGAAGGCCGAAGUGAAGCCCGAGGCGAAGCCCGAAGUGAAGCCCGUGGGGAACCCCGUGGGGAAGCCCGUGGGAAACCCCGUGGGGAUGCAGCCGCCUGUGGACAAUAAUAUGCAACGUGCAGUGCUGAUGUUCGCCUUCUUCAGCGCCGCCACCCGUCUGCUGGCGCUGGUUGUCCAGAGGAUGCAUCCUGCUUAACGCCAGGAUCCAGCAGGCCAACAAUGACACACACCGAAACACUGGACACCAUGGGCCGCAGCAAUCCUCAAGAAGUAGAAAUUGAACAUUUGUGGACACAACAAGCUACAACAGCCAUCAUUCCAAUAAAUUCCAGAGCCCCAAUGUGCGGGAAAUAAAUAAUAGUUCGCCAGU